AUGUCAGCAGCAAAUGAAUCAUCUGUUUGGUCGUGGAGUGAUACGAAGACAAAUCAGCGUCAAAAUCUCUAUGAUAAUUUUACACUUUACAUUUCACAUGACCAUUUUGUUAUUCAACCAAUCGUCCGUGACGCGAAAAGUAUUGCUGUAAUCGAUCGAACAACCGCAGACAUUCAACUUCUAAAUAAUUUACCCAAUGUCGACGGUGCUGAGCAACGAUCAAUCUAUGGAAUCAUCGGUAUUAUUCAUCUGAUUUCUGGGCCAUAUUUAAUUGUGAUCACUUCGAAAUUACAUGUUGGUGAUAUCAAUGGUCAAGCUAUCUAUAAAGUUCAAACAACUGACAUUAUUCCAUUUACACAUAGUACGCUGCGUUUAACCGAACAUCAGUUGAAAUGUAAUAAUAAAUACUUGUCGAUGGUGGAAGUUGUAUUGCGUACUGAAGCAUUUUAUUUUUCUUAUUCGUAUGAUAUCACACAUACAUUUCAACGUCUUCACACAUCGUCAUCGUCGGAGUUUUUUUCGAAACCAUUUAUUGACCGUGCAGACCAAAGAUUUGUUUGGAAUCGACAUCUACUCGAUGCAUUUAUCUCUAACAAAUCUUUGACUCGAUUUACACUUCCUGUGAUACAUGGCUUUGUUGCAAUUCAUAAAUUGAGUAUCAACGAACGAUCAUUUACUUAUGCUGUUAUUUCACGAAGAAGUACUCAUCGAGCGGGCACAAGAUUGUUCAUCCGUGGUAUUGAUGAUAACGGUCAAGUAGCAAAUUAUGUGGAAACUGAACAAAUUUUCCAAUUGGACGAUGUCUCAUGCUCUUAUGUACAGAUACGUGGUUCAGUGCCGUGUUACUGGACACAAAGACCUAAUUUACGAUAUAAACCACGAGUUGCAGUUCUACCGACCGAGAAUCAUAUGACUGCGUUUCAACAGCACUUUAAGGAACAAGAAUAUCAUUAUGGAAAACAAUUUUUAAUUAGUCUCACCAAUCAUCAUGGAGCUGAAGGAAAAUUAAAUUCGAAAUAUCGCGAAUUAUACGAAGGAAGUGAAAACGUUGUUCUCAAAUUCGAAGACUUCGAUUUUCACAAAGAAUGCGCCGGUAUGCGUUACGAUCGUCUCACAAUUCUUCUGGCUCGUAUCAUAGCUGAUCAGGAUGAUUACGGAUAUUUUGCUGUAACAAACGAUGGUACAUUGCAAUGUCAACAAACUGGUGUGUUUCGCACGAAUUGUGUCGAUUGCCUUGAUCGAACAAAUGUUGUGCAAAGCUUGUUUGCUAAACGAAUUCUCGAAAAACAAUUGCAACACUACAACGUCAUCAAAUACAAAGAAACAAUCGAUGCAUACAAAGAAUUGAGCCAUAUAUUUAAAAAUAUUUGGGCGGAUAAUGCAGAUGUGAUCAGCCUUCAAUACGCCGGAACUGGCGCAUUGAAAACAGAUUACACUAGAACCGGUCAACGCUCAACAAUGGGUUUACUCCAAGACGGCUACAAUUCAUUGAUGCGUUAUGUAUUGAAUAAUUUCUACGAUGGCUUUCGACAAGAUGGUAUAGACCUGUUUUUGGGCAAUUAUCGCGUCUCGUCAAAUGAAGGUCGAACACCUGAAUCAUGUCCGGUUAGCCAAGACAUAAGUAAAAAGCUUCUAGCUUUACCGAUCACAAUGUUCUUGGCAUUUUCAAUGUGUAUCGUUAAUUUAUUAAUUCCCGCUUCAACGUUUCAAGAGCAAAUGACGUAUGUUUUCUUUUGGGGCAUAACAUCGUUAGUCACACUAGGAAUAACCAUUGUCUGGGGACAAGGGUUAAUGUCAUUCUUAUCUUAUCUUGCACGACUUUUACAUCUUACACCAUACCAUGAUCCAUCUUUAAUCAUUCGUAAUGUCGCUUAUUUUUCCGGUUCAGAUGCACAUGUUAACCACAAACUAGAUAUAUUUCUUCCAUCGCCAUCACCGAAAAGUUUAUUAGCGUCGACUGACGAGAACAUUUCUCAAAAGAAAGUGCCUAUUGUUGUUCAUAUACAUGGCGGUGGUUGGGUGCGUGGAAGCCGAACAAAUGAAUGGCGUGGUGGACCAAGUGUUGGACGCAUGUGCGCUAAAGAAGGUCUCGUGGGUGUUGUUGUUUCAUAUCGAUUGGCCCGUGUCUCCCUCGUGUCGUUCACGACUUGGGCAUUCACUUUAGGUUUAAUUGUAGCGAUUAUCUCAUUAUCAUUAUCUUCCUGGCAAUUAUUCACAGGUUAUUUGGCUUUUAUGACAGUUAUCUAUGUAUAUAAUUUCUUAUACAAAGUACGUGUACCGGUUAAUAUUGAACAUAUGGUAGACGACCUGUGCUACGCGCUGAUAUAUGUUCGUGAUCAUAUUCAUGAACAUUACCCUCAAGCCGAUCCUGAUCAAAUUUUUCUCUCUGGACAUUCAGCCGGUGCGCAUUUGAUUAGCUUACUCACUCUUGAUCGAUCUCAUUUCGAACGACACGAUUUAUCCUUAUCAUCGAUUCGUGGAGUGAUUGCAAUGAGUGGGAUUUAUACAUUGGCAAAUCCAAUUCACGAUUCCAAAUAUCAUUUUCGUAAUUUGAUAUUCCGUAUUCUUUACUCAAGCAAUUUAUUGUAUCCUGAUGGAAAAACAAUGGUAGAAUACUCACCAAUUGAAUAUAUUAAAGAUAAUGAUGACAUACCGCCAUUUCUUGUCAUGUCUGCUCGUUUUGAUAUGGGUCUGGAAGUCGAUGCGCGACGUUUCGUUCAACAGUUCCGUCAACAUGAUCGGCAGGUAGAAUAUCAUAUCAUUGGUGGAUUGACAACACACGGAACGAUUGCGAGCAAAUUCUCGACUAACGAUGCGCAUCGACAUUUUUUUACAUUUAUUCGUAAACAUAUGAAAUGA